UUCGUGGUGGCUCUGGCCGUGUACUGGAACGCCCUCAGCUGCAGCUUUGUCUUCGAUGACAUCUCCGCCAUCAAGGAGAACCGCGACCUGCGGCCCCACACCCCCAUCACCAACCUCUUCCUCCACGACUUCUGGGGGACGCCCAUGCAGAAGGAGCAAAGUCACAAGUCGUAUCGGCCUCUGUGCGUGUUGACCUUCCGCCUCAACUACCUGAUACACGGGUUGGAGCCCCUGGGUUACCACCUGGUCAACAUGCUCCUCCAUGGGGUCGUUUGCAUUCUUUACUACAGAAUGUGCAGCAUGUUCCUGCCUGAACUGUCGAGCUUCUUGGCGUCCCUGCUGUUCGCUGUGCAUCCCAUACACACCGAGGCUGUGACCGGCGUGGUCGGCCGAGCGGAAACACUGUCUUCACUCUUCUUCCUGGGGGCGCUCGUGGCCUACUCGGGCGCCACCACCCGCCAGGUCAGGGGGCCCCGUGGCGUGCGGGUGGCCACCGACUGGAGGCUGCUGGUCCUGGCCAUGCUCUUGGCCACCACCGCCAUGCUGUGCAAGGAGCAGGGCAUCACCAUCAUCGCCAUCUGCGCCGUCUACGAGCUCUUCAUCGUGCAGAAGGUGCGCGGGUGGGAGCUGGUGCAGUUCGGCGAGGGCGUGGUGUCCGGCAAGGGCUCGGUGCCCCCCUGGCUGGCCGACAUGGCCCCGCGGGUCUUCGUGCUGGUGGCCACCACGCUUGGCCUCAUGCUGGCGCGCGUGCACGUCAUGGGCGCGCAGCUGCCCGUCUUUACCAGAUUCGACAACCCCGCGAGCGUGGCGCCGACCCCGACCCGCCAGCUCACCUACAACUACCUGCUGAGUGUCAACGCCGGCCUCCUGCUGAUGCCUUCCUCCCUCUGCUGCGACUGGACGAUGGCCACCAUUCCGCUGGUCGAGUCCUUCACGGAUCUCAGGAACCUGGGCACCUUGGCAGUGUAUGUGGUGCUGAUCAAGCUGACUUACCACGCGCUCUUCGUGGCCCCUCGUCAGCACGCCCAGGUCAUCGUCAUGGGCCUGGCCUUCGUCGUCCUGCCGUUCCUGCCGGCGACCAACCUGUUCUUCCCCGUCGGGUUCGUGGUGGCCGAGCGCGUCCUGUACAUGCCCUCGAUGGGAUUCUGCAUGAUGGUGGCGCACGGCUUCUCCAUCCUGCUGGAGAGAAUACAGCCGCGGAAGUACGUGUGGUUAGCGCUGCUCGGUCUGCUGGCCGUGCACGCCGCCAAGACGCACGUGCGUAACGCAGACUGGAAGGACGAGUACACCAUCUUCACCGCCGGUCUCAAGGUGAACCAACGCAACGCCAAGCUGUUCAACAACGUGGGUCACGCCCUCGAGUCCCAGGGGCGGUUCGCCGAGGCCCUCAAGUACUUCCAGGCGGCCGUGACGGUGCAGGAGGACGACAUCGGCGCGCACAUCAACGUGGGCCGCACCUACAACAACCUCAAGCAGUACUCGGAGGCGGAACAGGCGUACCUCAAGGCCAAGUCGCUGCUGCCCAAAGCCAAGCCCGGGGAGAGCUACCAGGCGCGCAUCGCCCCCAACCACCUGAACGUGUUCCUCAACCUGGCCAACCUCAUCGCCCGCAACCAGACGCGCCUGGAGGAGGCGGACGCCCUCUACCGCCAGGCCAUCAGCAUGCGGGCGGACUACACGCAGGCCUACAUCAACCGCGGCGACAUCCUCAUCAAGAUGAACAGGACGAAAGAAGCUCAAGAGGUUUACGAGAGGGCGCUUUUCUACGACAGCACCAACCCGGAUAUAUACUACAAUCUGGGCGUGGUGCUGCUUGAGCAGGGGCGGCCGCAGCAGGCGUUGGCGUACCUGGACAAGGCGCUCGAGAUGGAUCCGGAUCAUCAGCAGGCGCUCUUGAACUCGGCGGUUCUUAUACAGGAGUCCGGCAACGGGGAGCUGCGCCCCCUCGCCUACCAGCGCCUCCUCCGCCUGGUGCAGCGCGACCCCCUCAACGAGCGCAUCUUCUUCAACCUGGGCAUGAUCGCGAUGGACGACGGGGACUACAGGAACGCGGAGAAUUGGUUCAGGAAGGCCAUCGAGCUGAAGGAGGACUUCCGGUCGGCGCUGUUCAACCUGGCGCUGCUCCUGACGGACGACAUGCGGCCCCUGGAGGCGGCGCCCUUCCUCAACCAGCUGGUCAAGCACCACCCCGAUCACGUCAAGGGCCUCAUCCUCCUCGGCGACAUCUACAUCAACAACAUCAAGGACCUGGACGCCGCCGAGAAGUGCUACGAGCGCAUCCUGGCCGUGGAGCCGAGCAACGUGCAGGGCCUGCACAACCUGUGUGUGGUGUACGUGGAGCGCGGCGAGCUGGCGGCCGCCGAGACGUGCCUGAGCCGUGCGCACGCCAUGGCGCCCCACGAGGACUACAUCCUCCGCCACCUCAAGAUCGUGCGCUCGCGCCUCGCAAAGUUCUC